UACUUGUGGUCGUACACGCAUCCCUGUUUUAGGAAAACUUGGGACUUUUGAAACUUGUUCCCUAAGACGAAUUCCUCUUAGAAACUUUUCAGAAACACCAGCGUAUUUUGCUUCAAAGGACGGUGCAAGCAAGGAUGGUUCUGGAGAUGGAAGCAAGUCUGUCGGUGAGGGAGGUGGUAAAAAGUCAAGCUCUGGAAGCUCUGGGAAAGGAGGGAACCAGCUGCGGUGCCCAAAGUGCGGUGACUUGUGCACACACGUGGAGACCUUUGUGUCUUCCACCCGUUUUGUGAAGUGUGAAAAGUGUCACCAUUUUUUUGUUGUACUGUCAGAGGCAGACACGAAAAAGAGCAUCAUUAAAGAGCCUGAGUCAGCAGCAGAAGCUGUGAAAUUGGCAUUCCAGCAGAAACCACCGCCUCCACCGAAAAAGAUUUAUAACUACCUCGACAAAUACGUUGUUGGUCAGUGUUUUGCCAAGAAGGUGCUUUCGGUUGCUGUGUACAAUCAUUACAAGAGAAUCUAUAAUAAUAUCCCAGCUAACCUGAGACAGCAAGCAGAAGUUGAAAAGCAGACUUCUUUAACGCCAAGAGAAUUAGAAAUCAGAAGACGGGAGGAUGAGUACAGAUUUACAAAACUGCUGCAAAUCGCUGGAAUCAGUCCACAUGGUAAUGCUUUAGGAGCAUCGAUGCAGCAACAAAUGAACCAGCAGAUACCUCAGGAGAAACGGGGAGGAGAAGUACUAGAUUCACCUAAUGAUGACAUAAAACUUGAAAAAAGUAAUAUUUUGCUGCUUGGACCAACUGGAUCAGGUAAAACCUUGCUGGCUCAGACUCUCGCUAAAUGCCUAGAUGUACCUUUUGCUAUCUGUGAUUGUACCACCUUGACUCAAGCUGGCUAUGUUGGGGAAGACAUCGAAUCUGUCAUUGCGAAACUCCUGCAAGAUGCCAACUACAAUGUAGAAAAAGCUCAGCAAGGGAUUGUUUUUUUGGAUGAAGUAGAUAAGAUUGGCAGCGUUCCUGGUAUUCACCAGUUACGGGAUGUCGGAGGAGAAGGUGUUCAACAAGGCUUGUUAAAAUUACUGGAAGGCACAAUAGUAAAUGUUCCAGAAAAGAAUUCUCGUAAACUACGUGGAGAAACGGUGCAGGUUGACACAACGAAUAUCCUCUUUGUAGCUUCUGGUGCUUUUAAUGGUCUUGACAGAAUUAUCAGCAGGAGGAAAAAUGAAAAAUAUCUAGGAUUUGGGACGCCAGCUAAUAUGGGAAAAGGCCGAAGGGCUGCAGCAGCAGCUGAUCUCGCUAAUAUAAGCGGAGAGUCAAAUCCACAUGAAGAUAUGGAAGAAAAGGAUCGCUUGCUGCGUCACGUGGAAGCCAGAGAUCUCAUUGAGUUUGGCAUGAUUCCUGAGUUUGUGGGACGUUUGCCCGUUGUGGUUCCUCUGCACAGCCUAGAUGAGAAAACUCUUGUACGGAUUCUAACUGAGCCACGAAAUGCUGUGGUUCCUCAAUACCAGGCACUUUUCAGCAUGGAUAAGUGUGAAUUAAAUGUCACUGAAGAUGCGUUGAAGGCUAUAGCCAGACUGGCCCUGGACAGAAAAACUGGUGCAAGAGGUCUUCGAUCUAUAAUGGAAAAGCUGCUGCUGGAGCCCAUGUUUGAAGUGCCCAAUUCUGACAUCGUAUGUGUGGAAGUUGACAAAGAUGUUGUAGAAGGCAAAAAAGAGCCAGGAUACAUUAGGGCUCCCACUAAAGAUUCAUCUGAAGAAGAAUACGACUCUGGUGUUGAGGAGGAAGGCUGGCCUCGACAAGCAGAUGCUGCAAACCAUUAAAUACUGUCAGAAUGCUCGCCCGCAUAAAGCGCACUUGGUUAUUUCCUUACGAUUGCCUCUGGCUUCAGCCUGAUACUAAAGGCAUUGGAUCUAUCUCGGAAAUGAUACGCGAUGAGGAACUUUGUUAGAGAAAUCAGAUUGUGUAUUUUAUUGCAACAUCACAUUGAUUUAUUUGAUGGACAUUGUGUGGACUUGGAUGGCAUAAUGUUCAAAGAUGAAUUGUAUAUUACACUUGUUCAAUUAAAAUGUAUAGCAAAUAUAGCAGCACCUGGAUUGCGCUUUCUAGAAACUAAACCAGCAGUGCAGGUGCUGCCAAUAGUUAGAUUUUACAAUGUUACUCUACAAAUGGGAAAUCAAGAUUAAUAAUUAGUUGAGUGUGAAUAAACGGUGAGCUCCUCGUACAACUCACAGGGGGUUCCGUUCAAGUCAGUGUUAGAUUUCUGCUGGUCUUUGAAACCUGACGGGUGCUGGAGUGACCUGUUACAGUGGUGGGGGAAG